AAAGAGCCCUCCUGUCUCUGACUGCUUCAUUCCCUCCCUCUCUCUGCAGCUGUGUAUUCAUGACAAUUACAGAAACAACCCCUUUCAUAAUUUCCGGCACUGCUUCUGUGUGACCCAGAUGAUGUACAGCAUGAUCUCGCUCUGCAGCCUCCAGGAUAAAUUUUCCCAAAUUGACAUCUUGAUUCUCAUGACUGCGGCAGUAUGCCACGACUUGGACCACCCGGGCUAUAACAAUACCUACCAGAUAAAUGCACGAACGGAGCUUGCAGUACGCUACAAUGACAUCUCCCCCCUGGAGAACCACCACUGUGCUGUGGCUUUCCAGAUCAUUUCCCAGCCAGAAUACAACAUUUUCUCCAACGUCAACCAGGACCAAUUCAAACAGAUAAGACAGGGGAUAAUUACAUUAAUCCUGGCUACAGACAUGGCGAGACAUGCAGAAAUACUGGACUCUUUCAAGGAAAAAAUGGAAAACUUUGAUUACUCAAAUGAAGAACACAUGACCUGUCUGAAGAUGAUACUGAUAAAAUGCUGUGAUAUCUCCAAUGAAGUGCGCCCGAUGGAAGUAGCAGAGCCCUGGGUAGAUUGCUUACUAGAGGAAUAUUUUAUGCAGAGCGAUCGAGAAAAAUCUGAGGGGCUUCCAGUGGCACCAUUCAUGGACCGUGAUAAAGUGACCAAGCCAACAGCACAGAUUGGCUUCCUGAAGUUUGUUCUCAUCCCUAUGUUCGAAACAGUAACAAAGCUAUUCCCAGAAGUGGAAGAGGUGAUGCUCCAGCCCCUUUGGGAAUCCAGGGAUCGCUAUGAAGAAUUAAAACAGAUAGAUGAUGCUAUGAAAGAGCUGCAGAAAAAGAAAAGUGAAAGUUUGACCACCGGCAGUACCGAAAAGUGA